UAAGUUUUGUGCAAUUUAAAGUUUAAUUUAGAAAAUCGUCAAAAUAUUCUAUGCCUUAAGAAAACAUUAGUAAAAGCAUUAAUUAAGGCCAUCUCAAGGUUACGAAUUAAUUACGCACGGCUUCCAUGUACAUAUGAAUACGCAUUUAAAGUCGUAACCAGAUAAGUGACAUUAUAUUUUAUUAGACGGGGCAAAAUUUGCCAACUACAAAGGUGGUUGAAUCCCUUCAACUACGUUACGCAAAGUUCUCCAUUUAUCUUCUUCGAAAGUAUCUGUAUAAUAAGGCGAGGUUUGACUAGCAUUUAUCAGCAUGGAUAAUUUUAUCAGUGAUAUUUUAGCAACAAAUAAGAACGGAUCAAAGAGAACAAUACCUGAAAAUCUAAUGUGAAUAUUUAAGCGAAACAUUUGCGAUUUCGUAGAAAAUAAUUGUGUUCAAUUUUUUGUUGAGUUUUAUUCAAAAAAUGGCACCAAAAGUUGAAAGAAUUCUAGAAAAUUUUCUUUUGGGGGAAGGCCCACAUUGGGACAUAGCAACACAAAGUUUGUAUAUGGUUGAUAUUUACGAAAAACGUAUUCACCGAUAUGAUCCUGUAACUAAUAGUCACUACCAAGCUGCUAUAGGUGAUUUAUUGUUAAUAAAGACGUUAUUAGUAAUAUUCAUCAUCAUUAUUAUCAUAAGGUUGUCAGUCCUAAGACUGAUUUUAUUUAAAAUUAAAGGCAAUCGCCAAUCGAUAUUCACGUUUGACAAGCAUAACAUUCCGGGAAUGCCAGACGGUCAAACCAUAGACUCAGACGGCAACCUGUGGGUUGCUGUUUUCCUCGGAUCAAGAGUGAUUAAAAUUGAUCCCAGAAAACCUGAAACCUUGCUAGAAACUAUCGCGAUACCCGCUAUACAAACAACCUCUGUAGAAUUUGGUGGUCCAAACCUUGAUGAACUUUAUGUUACUAGCGGUCGUUUUACAUUCCAGGGUAAAACUCCGGAGCCUCCGGUAAAUGGAGCUUUAUAUCGAGUUACGAAUAUAGGAUCAAAGGGGUUACCAUCAAACAAAGUCAAAAUUCAAAUUUAAUCGUGUUAAUUAAUACGCCACAGGGAAAUCUGUAUGAAUAAAAAUGAUAACUAGAUAUCCGUCGAUGUACUCGUUUCAGGCAAAAACUACUGAAUAGAUUUUCAUCAUUUUU